AUCUUGCCCACGCUAUGACGAUCGUCUAGCCUUGCAUCUCUCGAUUCAAACUUUUCUUUGUUUCUAUCUAAUUCACAUAACUUCUACCCUUCCUUCUGCAUCUGCAGCUGUUGCCCUGCAUAGUACUUGAUUGUUUCAAGGUCCGGUUCUUGAAUGCCCGGUGCCCCUCAGUGCCUUCCUGGAUCAUCCUCAUUGUUUGCCAUUGUCUUUGGUUGCACUAAGUCAGCCCCAAAGAGUCUGCCUGCUGGGGCUCAAAUAUAUAUACCUUCGGUCCCCCGGUCUCUUUCUUCUCCUUGUCUUCACCUCCAUAGUCGCUCCCUUGACAAUCGGCCAAUAUCUAAAGAGCCACCGUUGGACCAGCCUCGAGUGUCUGUCCUUUAACCAAAUACCCUCGUUAUGGCUUCCGAUGGCUUUCAAGACAUUCCGGGCCCGUAUUCUCAGGGUCACACGGCUCCUGUGAACCCCAACGAGUCCAUGUCUCCCUCUUAUCCUCCUCCUUAUCCAUCUCACUAUGGCCCCGAUCGGGUUCCCAUGCCCCAGCCGCAAGUUCCACAAAGCUCGACCCCGACGAACCACUAUCCGGAGCCACCUCCAAACCCCAGUGCAUGGCAGACGCAGCCGCAGCAUCACCCGGGCGGGAUCAACGAGGCUGUCCACUCCGCCUUCCACCAGAACGAUAGCCCCGCUUACCUCUCGCCGGAUGUGUUGAACCGAAUCACAGAGAAUGUUAUCCAGCAGCUCAAGUCCACAAAUUUAGGCACUCAGCCACCGCCCGCGGAACCAGCGCCACUGCCGCAAUGGGCACAGGUACCACAAAACCCGUACCCCAGCGAGUACGCGACUCCCGCGCCUGGUGUUUCGCAGAAUCCCUCUCCGAUCCCGCCUGAUAUUUACCGUGAGAGGCCCGAUUACCCUCCCGCCCCGUCCAGUGGGUAUUCCGGCAGCCCUCGGCCGUAUCCGCGACCGCCACCCAUGUCUCCCGCAGAACAUCGAGAAUCUCCUGUCAGUCAAGCGAGUGAGCGGGGUCAAAGGGUGGAGCCUCGACCGCGGCCGCCGUCCAGAGAGGAAACCAUUACGGAGAUGACAACGCUGGAAAAGAUAUGGGGGAAGUUCUUUGAGGAAGGGAAGCCGACAGAACGGCUCGGCCAGUUCUUGCGAGGCAUCGCAGCCCACUUGAUUGAAGAUUAUGCGCCGGAAAAUUCACUCGUGGUGGUGCCCGAAAAGAUGCAGAAGUUUUACGAGGACACGCAGAUCCCUGCGGAUCCCUAUCCCUGGCAAGAUAUCUUCGAUGAUCGUACAUCGGCAAUUUCGAGGCUAUACCGAGACACCGAAGCGGAGCACCAUCUCGUUCAACAAAAGCUGAAGGAACGGCCCGACAUUCCGGGACUGACGCCGCGAGGCUUCCAACGCUGGGCUACUCUCCAGAUCCGAGCGCACCCCGACAGGGAGUAUGAGCGGCUGCAGAAAGCAGUCAGGCAUAUGCCAAUCAGUAAUCCGGACGAUAGGAAAGAGCGAUUUCCAAAGGAGAUCCCUCGACGGCUAUUUCCGGACGCGCCGGACCUCGCACUCCGAGAGGAGCUUGAUCAGUGUAUUAUGAAGCAAUGCGGCUUGCAACUACCUUCUAUUACGGACGAAGAAAUUAGGGAGGCUACGGUGCGCCGCCACAAGAUGUCGACGAGCUCGAAUACGUCUACAAGAGAAUCCGUCCCGAGAUUCAGUGAACGAGAGCGCCAAAGCCGUUACCAACCCGCGGUUGAGGAUGACGACGAUGAGGAGAACGAGAUAAUUCCGCCACAGCGGAUCGAGCGCGAGAGGAAGCCGUAUAUCGCGCACCCUGGAGGGGGCAAGGUAUAUGACGACAACGCGGCUCCACCGAUGAACCGGCACACCAACACCUCAUCAACGGGCUCCAUCCCUAGAAACAGCCCGGUACCUGCAAACAGAGGCUCCGAUAGUUACGGGUCUGGCCCCUCCCACCACCGUUCAGGGUCCAGCACGAUGCCACGAUCUGCAACCGGACGGUCACUCAGCCCGCCCCGCGGCGCCCACGCAACGUCCGACUACCGACACUCCGAGAGUGACCUGUUCAGCAGCAGCAACGGAGGCUCCAGAUACCCGGCAACAUCAAGCGCAGAGCACUACUACACGUCGGCAUCGCCCAACCUCCCAGGAGACCUAGACGACAGUCGCCGGUACCGAGACCUAGACCGCGAACUCGAGGACCAGCGACUAUACGACAGCAUCCGCGAGCGAGAAAAAGAGCGCGACUGGGCCCAAUACCGUGACCGGAAUCCCAAGCGAAGCAGCUGGACCGACGGCGACGAAUACUAUCGUGGUGCGCAAAGCGGUAGUCCGGUUGGUGGGUUUGACUAUAAGACAUACACAUACAAAUGAUGUAUUCCUUUUUCUCACCUUCUUUCUGUCUUUCCGUCUUUCCAUCAUUUUCUUGGAGUUUGUUGGUUAGACAGGGUGUUUCUUUUCUAGGCGGUAUGUAUUGGCUGGUGGAUAGCCCCGUCUUUGGCGUUUCCAAAAUAUUGUGUCAUGUAAUUAGUGCAGAUAGUGCUUUUCUUUUUCUCUUGGGCCAUAUGUGGCAUAACGACUCAUGCGCGACGUUUCAUGAAUUUUAUUUAUCUUGUUCUGUUCC